AAUCCCAUGAAGCCGGCAUAGGUACUUAAGUUUUGCUCACACGGUCACAUCGCCGCAAUCAUGCUUGGUUUAAGGUAGGCAAACGUACUCUAAUUGUUGAUUAAAUGAAUUUCAAAAAUGUUUGGAAAUUUCUAAGUCAUCUUUAAUGGCAGAUUUCAAUAAAUAUGUAAAACUGAUGUCACUAAUCAUGUAAAACUGAUUCUUUUUAUUUUUUUAAAUAUUUCUUUUUACUAGCUUUGUGUUAUUACACAUAACAUGUAUUGAGUUCGCGCCAUUCUCUCUCCCUAUUUUAAAAACAAAAAUCAGUGCUUCCAAAACUUGCUACCUGUACGAAUUAACAAGGACUCAUAUAUUGGCAGCGAUGAUCUAUGUCCAAUUUGUCGAUUCUGUUGUUUUUUUUUUUAUCAGAGCAGUAACUUACUCAAGGUCAUGAGUCCACCCUGAGAAGCACUGAUCUAGAUAUUUGCUUAAGCUUUUUAAGNACAUAACAUGUAUUGAGUUCGCGCCAUUCUCUCUCCCUAUUUUAAAAACAAAAAUCAGUGCUUCCAAAACUUGCUACCUGUACGAAUUAACAAGGACUCAUAUAUUGGCAGCGAUGAUCUAUGUCCAAUUUGUCGAUUCUGUUGUUUUUUUUUUUAUCAGAGCAGUAACUUACUCAAGGUCAUGAGUCCACCCUGAGAAGCACUGAUCUAGAUAUUUGCUUAAGCUUUUUAAGGGAAUCUUCCGUUUGUGAGCAAGAAAUCGGAAAACUUUAGUGUAGGGAUUUUCAAAAAUGUGUUUUUAUGAUUCAAAAGAAGUAACCACCCACCUUGUCUGUGUCUUAUGAGUAGAACAUAAAGAAGCUAAAAGAAAGGUAUCUCUGACAGUUAUGUUAUAUCUUGAGGGGGAUAUGGAAAAUGAAGAUUAGUUAAGGUUAGAUAAGAUAAUGUUGUGUAGAAAGGGAAAAGAGAGAGAGAGAGAGAGGGGGGAGGAGAGAGCGAGAACCCGAGAGAGAGAGAGAUAAAUACGAUAGAUAGAUUGACAUAAAGAGAUAUGGGUAGAUAAUAUUCAUACGAUAGAUAGACAUACAGAAUGACAGAUGGACAGACAGACGGAUAGAGAGAUACUAGAUAGAUAGAUGAUAGUCAGAUUGAUACAUAGAUCGAUAUAUAGUAUAUUAUAUAUAUAUAUAAAGAGAGAGAGAGAGAGAUAGAUAGAUAGAUAGAUAGUUAUAUAGAUAGAUAUAUAGAUAUAUAGAUGGGUAGACAGAUAUUCAGCUAUAUAGAUAGAUAGAUAAAUAUGUAGAUGGAUGGAUGGAUGUGGUUGUGGAAAGAUGGAUGGGUGGAUGGUGUUAGGUACAUUAAAUGGUUUUCUAAAUUUAACCUAUUUUAAGAUUUGGCUUUGUAGAUGAACACUACCUACGAACACCAGUAUUCAAAUGAAAACGAUACCAAAGCUAGUGAUAUGAACAGUAUUCGAUUUAAUUAUACUAUUAAAUUAUACUAUUAAAUGUAUAUAAAAAUACAGAGUAACAUCUUAUAGGGCUUCUAUUGAUAUGUCUCAUGCCUAGGAAAAUUAGCGAAAAUCUCUUUCGACUAGGAAAGCUGCCCGGCCUAUCUAUAGGGAGUGUGUUAGAACCCUCCAGACAAAAAAAAAAUUCUAGAACUUGCAGCACCAGAUAGCAUUCUUAUGAACAAAUUAGAACGUACUGGAACAUAAACAACCUUUUCCCAAUCAAGGGAGGGGUAUGGGGUUGGUACAACGCUUCAAAUUUAAUCGUUGAUGUCAAUAAAAAAAAAUAUUUGGGGGGUGUGUUUUACACUUAAGCUCUACCUUGAAGUAAAAUUAGGUCAAGACACACGCUAUAACAGAUGGAUUGAUAGAUUGAUGGAUAGAUCAAUAUAUGGAUUGAUAGAUUAAAACUUAUAUGGAGACACGCUACAUCAUUCUUCUCAAGUCAACACAAUUCUUUACAGUUUUUAAAAUCUAAUAACCGUUAUCUAUACACCCACUAUCUCAUUCGUCUUUAACACAAUUAACACCCUAACCUAUUGGCACCCGCUAUCUCAUUCGUCUUUAACACAAUUAACACCCUAACCUAUUGGCAUUUUUGUGUUUGUUAAAGACGCCAAAUGACUUGGGAUAUCACCGCCGCCACGACCACAUCGGUCCUUAUGAUGCACCUGGCGGUGGUAGGGGGUGCCACCAACCUGUUCUACCCUGACUCAAGUCCAACGUAUCAGAACAGAGCUUACGGGUCGAUCCGCUACAACAACAGCCAGUACCUCCCCACCUGUGGAUGGAAGCUGAUCAUGACCACCAAUUACCCCUUUUAAUCCUUUCUUUUUUUUUUUUUUUUUGUUUAAAUUUGUACUCCAAAAAAAAAUGACACCCGAAAGUUUAAACAGUUUUUACGUUUUUGAUACACAAUUCUCAAAACAUUGACUAAAACUCUUACGGGGAUAAAACUACUUACUUACUGUAGUUCUUAUUUUAUUAACAAACUCAUGCGAUUUACAAGCAAAAUAAACUCGCAUUACUACAAAUUUUAAAUCUACUUUCCGUUACAGCUGAGCCUGAAAAUUUAAUAUGAAAAAAAAAAAGAAGCUAAAUUUCAUUACGGUCGUCUGAUUAAUGGUUAUGUUUGAAUGGCCUUUAGGGAGGGUAGUGUCUUGAAACAUUAUAUUAAUAAAUGAUGUCUCUUGGGUGAAGGGUAGGUUCAAGUGUAUUAUAUAUAACUUCCACAGCAAAGUACACAACACUUCAUGAUAUAAUAAUUUUGUUAGCUUUGCCGUGGGUCAGUUGCUGAGAUUGAAUUAAAACAAUCACAUUUCAAUUCUUACAAAAUAAAAUUUUGAUCUUUUUGAUAGAGGAAUUUUAAUAUUAUUUUUUUUUUCUAACCAACCUUAAAAUUUUUGUUUAGGUUUGGGACGCAACAGCUGAAAGAGUCGACAACUACACAUACAUCCUCACCAACGUAGGAUACGCUGCUGACCCCACAAACCGAGUCAGCUCUUUGGUCUUAAUAGGACUCUAUGGGUGAGCCAGUAUUUCUCAAUUGGGAAUUUCAAAGAGCAGGGUCAAAGGUCAUGCCCAUGACUACGCUCUCCUCUGCAGAAUCUAGUUUGAAUUUUUUUUUUUUUUUUAAAUUUAACAUUAAUCUGAUAUGUAAUGUUCCUAAAUUUUUCUUCUUCAUUUUUUUGUAUCAGUCAGCUCUAAAGGUGAUAAAAUUCAUAUUUAAAACAGCACACGUCUUCUUUUGAUCAGCACAGAGUAAUUUCAUUGAAACUAAGAAAAUAAGACAUUCAAUUAAAAAUGGAUUUAGAUUAAACACCGACUCCUACAUUGCAUUUCCGUAUAUACAUUUAUUAUUAAAUAGCUACAGCCUAAAAUGAAUUUCCCAAUUCUUUGAUUACAUUAUUUUAUUUCUAAAAAGUUCUAUUUAAAAUUUAAAGAAUACUUUGACCCUGCAGUUCGAAAGAAACUUUUUUUUGGUGUAAGUUUAAAAAAAAAAUAUAUUAAAAAUUACCCUUUAUAUUAAAAAUGCAAAUUUUGAACAAGAAAUAUAUUUUUGGACGUCAAAGGAAAAUUAAAUUCCAGAAUUUCCAGAAAUAAGUAAAUGGCUUUAAAAAAAUAAAUAUCUUAACCAAUGUGUAAUUUUAUAUUUGCUAAACAAUAUCGGGACCUGGAGAUAAUUAUUAUCAAUUAUUUAAUUAAUUAUUCAAUUUAGGGUAGGCCCUAACCAUUUCAUAUGAGUUUUCUAAAGUUUGCAAUUUUAAAUAAUAAUCAGAAGUUAUUUGUAGGCCUACUCAUUCUUUGAGGUCGCCACCACUUAUCCAACAGAAAAUGUAAUACUAGGCUACUUUCCAUUGAAGAGAAGAAAUGAUCUCAGCUUUAAAAAAAAAAAAAGAUAAUAUAAUAUUCGAAUAAUAUUUAAAGUUAAAGUAGUUUUUUUUUUUAAAGCUGAAAUGGUCAUCUACGCAUGAUAUCAGAGUUUUACUACAAGUUGUUAGAUAUUUAAAUGGCUUUUUAAAAUCCAAUCUGUCCUAGGAACACCAUGCCGACUGUCAUCAUAAACUGGUACUGUGUGUGUGAUAAGACAACCGGAGGCGCUUGUCAGGUGAGCAAAAACAUAUGCAGCCAAAUUAAUUAACAUAAUGAAUAUUUUUGUAACAUUAAUAGAGCCGCCGCCUCACACUUGUGGCGAAACAAAGCAUUGUCCGUCAAGAUAGUUUCUAUUCAAUAUUCUAACAAUAUAGUUUCUCACCCCGAUUAUAACACUAUAGUUUCUUAUCAAUAAUAUAUUAAUAUAGUUUCGUAUCCACAUUUAACACUAUAGUUUCUCAUCCAUAUCCGGGCUAAGUGGCAACAAAUUUUUAAAAAAUAUCAGACUUUGUCUGGUCAAUUUAGAGCGAAACUGGCCAUUUCCCAAUUUCGCCGACAAUUUCCCGAUAUUGGGUUUUGGCAGUGACACAUUUACACAUACAGGGUGGCCCAAAAUAUGUGAUGACGAAAAGUCGUUGAGAAGCGUGGCGAUUGGGUGAGGGAGACACAGAUUGAACAUGUUUUCUGAUUAGCGUAAGGAGGAUAAGCUGGCUCCAUCGACAGCUAAUUCCGUCUCUCCACGCAGCCGGAUAACCUGAGGGAACCUCGUGGUGUGGCGGAUGACGCUGCUUGGCACCGGCAGCUGGAGUUGUCGGAAUUUUCACGGUGUCAAUGUCAUACCGCUUACGUGACUUUUGAAAGGGAUUGAGAUCCAGUCCCCAGGCCUGGGAUUGAAUCAGUGUAGACCACUCGGUCGCCCACAUUUUUAGUAGCUUUACCACCCCGUGAGACGAUGGUGUAGCUAAUCUCGGCGAGUAAGUCUUGUUCUCUAUAUAAAUAGAUCUAUACUAAAAAAUGGUUUGCUAUUUCUUCAAUAUGAUUUUAGAUGUUAACUUUUUUUUUCUUCCUAGAAAGUCACAUACGAGGCAGUGGCUCCCCAAAAUACAGCCAGUUCCCCAAUACCUUGCCCCGUGGUGAGCACCCUACCACCAACCACAGCAACAACAACAACAACAACACCAGCUACAACAACGACAACGGCAAGGAGACAGACUCCUUCAAUUCCAUUAUUGUCUCUGCUAGACAUUCAAUUAUCCUCCAAGCCAAACGGUGAGUAAAAAAAUGAGUUGUAUGGCAAGGAAGUAAAUUUGAGAACGGGCCAAGCCCUGGUGGACGUGCAGACUAUUUAAACUGACGAGGCAAACGUGAUGGCAUGACAAUAAUGACAGAUCUCAGAACAUGGAUAAUAAAAGAUCGCAGUAUGACAAUAAUGAAAAAUCUUAGUACACUACCACUAAAAGAUCUAAGAGUAUGACAUUUAUGAAAGUUCUUAGUAUGACAAUAAUGAAAGAGCUAAGUACGCUAAUGAUGAAAUAUUUUAAUGCGACAAUAAUGAAAUAAUUACAUCGAGUCAUUUAAAAAUCUCAUUUUUUUACACUGUAUUACAAAAUGUUACUAGAUUUAUGCAAACUAAAGUUUUUUGCGAUAUUCCUACAAGACAUUAAAAUUUCCGCUAUGCUAGCUCACAUGUUGUCUAAAAAUGUCAUCUUUAUUAAACUUAAAUAUACAUAUAUAUAUAUAUAUAUAUAUAUAUAUAUAUAUAUAUACGGUACCUCGAUGUCCUUGUACCAUAAAAUUUAAAAAAAAUAUGAUCUUCAUGUACAUCUCUAUGUCCAUUCCUCUAAAACUAAAAAAAAAUAUAAUUUUGUUUUCCGAUUGCUAAUAUCAAAGGAUUUCAUUCUCAGACAACAACAAAAAAAUUAUUGUACAAACGAUUAAAAAAUCAUUUUAUCAGCUGACGUAUUCUAGUAGUUAAAAAUAAGUAUGAACGAAAUAAAACUAAAGUGAAACCAAAUCGCUCCUUCAUUUCGUAACAUUUUUCCAGGAAGCAGGAUCGCUCUCAAGAGGUUUGGCGCCUCGUGCUACAUGGGGCCUCUGUAUAAGCCCGAGCUCCAGGUCGCCCAUUUCAUCGACUGCUGCUCCGUCUGCUGCGCCUACACUUCCUGUCUCGGGGUCAACUUCCUCCCGGCGAGCCAAGAGUGUGACCUGGUGUUUGAGAACGUGACGGCAACGUCAUCUCCACUUUUAAGCACAAUGGCGGACUGCUCUUUUUGGAAGGUCAUCUACAGGUCAUAGCAAGUUAAAGUUGUUUGUGU